GGGAAAAUACCUCUUUAAACAAACAAAAAAAUCUAAAGCAGCCACUAACUUUCCUAUCUUCCCAGUCAAACUCCCAUUUGUUUCAGCUGAACUGCCUACUCAUCUUCAAGCCAUCAUGAGCUGUAAGAAAUGCAGGUCAGAGGAGGUCUCCUUGGAUACAAAGAUAAAUAUGAAAAUUGAAGACUGUUUUCCUCAGGUCAAUAAAGAACAACAGGAUAAUUCCAGUGUUCCUCAAAUGAAGAAUGGCUCCAGGAGAAGCCCUAAAGAUAAAACUAAUACCCAGGCUCAAAGACCCAAAGACCAGGCUAUAUCCCAAAAUAAGGUAUUUUAUAUCACCUUGGAUGUACCUUACAGGAGAAACAAAAAAAUGAAACACAUGGUCAUAGGUAAGAAGAGGGAUAGCUUAUCCACCGCACUUGACACUAUUAAGGCUGUCAAAAAAGAGAGGGAAACUCGGCAAGGCAAAGAAAUGCUGGUGCAGGGCACAGAAGGAAUUGAAGGCUACCUAAACCUUGGAAUGCCCCUCAGUUGUUUGCCUGAAAAUUGCUGCCUAGUAAUUAGAUUUGCCCAGAAUAAAAGUGAGCACAAAAAAAAGGACCAGAUAUCUGGUCGGCAUGACAACACAUCUGUUGACUGUGUCAAAUUUUUUAUUAACCCAAUUGGAAAGACAAGGAAAAGGAUUGUCAAACGUGGGGAACUUCAUAAAGAAGGGGUCAGACUCUGUGUCUAUGCUUUCAAAGGAGAAACCAUCAAGGAAGCUGUGUGCAAGGAUGGCAGAUUUCUUUCCUUUCUGGAGAACGAUGAUUGGAAACUCAUUUUAAACCUGGACUCCGUUGUAGAAAACACACAGUGUGUUGAUGACCUAGAGGGCAAGCUCUUCCAGGUUGAGGUUGAGAAAAGGAGGGUGCCUAGGGCAGCAGCCACUCAGAGCCAUGAUUUGGCAGCCACUCAGAAUUGUGGUGUGGUAAGCACUCAGAGCUGUCAUUUGACAACCACUCAGAAUCCUGAGUUGGAGGAAAGAAACACCUGUGUUUUGGAAGGAAAAAGCAUGACCCAGUACCCUAGUUUGAAAAAAGAAAUGGAAAAAAUUAUAGAAACCUUCAAGAAAAAGAUUAAAAAUAGACAGGGGAAGAAAUUAUAUCUUACACACAAAACAAAAUUUGGGAAACUGACAAAAAAUGCUACUCCAGUUAAAAUGCUCAAACUUCUUUCUCAUCUCAGUGACUCAGUUGGGUACUUGUCAUGGGACAACAAUGGAAUACAGGGUUGUGCCACCUGCUUUGUUUUUAGAGGGUUGUUUGUUUUCACUUGUCAACAUGUAAUACAUGAUAUUGUGGGAAAUGGAAUAAAGCCUAGUAAGUGGGCAGACAUAAUUGGCCAAUGUGUGAGGGUGACAUUUGGUUACGUAGACAGCCAAGAAAGAGGGGACUACUUUUUCAUCAAGCCUUGGUUUGAGAUAUUUGAUGAAACUCUUGAUUAUGCUGUUCUGGAACUGAAGGAAAAUGGACAACCAGUACCUUCGGGACUAUAUAAUGGAAUUGGUCCUGUGCCCCUUAGUGGGUUGAUAUAUAUUAUUGGCCAUCCAGAUGGAGAGGCAAAGUCUGCUGACGGUUGUGCUAUAGUCCCUCAGGGUCAGCGAGUAGAAAAAUAUCAGCAACAUCUUCCGCCUCAGGAUUCCAAUGAGCGUAUGCAGGGUUUCGAUGAGCAUGUGGAAUUUAUCCAUAUGUUCACUCAAAAAAGUUUCGAGGAAUUGGCUCCCAGAACUGAUGUGAUUACCUAUGACACCAGUUUUUACUUUGGGUCUUCUGGCUCACCAAUAUUUGAUUCAUACGGUUCAUUGGUGGCCAUGCACAGUACUGGCUUCCGUAAUUACUACCAUCCUGAAUUUUCCAGUGUCAUUGAGUUUGGCCCUACUAUGGAAUCCAUCCUUCAUGAUAUUAAAAAAAAGCAUAGAGACUGGUAUGAAGGCAUAUGCAUAACUCAGCAGGAGGUAGAAAUGGUGAGUGAUGAGGAUUGAGGACAGUGAGAACCCCAUCUAUUUUCGAGCUUUAAGGCAAUUAGCUAUGGAAUGUUAUUCCACAGGCUGUCAUGACAGUUUUGUAAAUUCAAAGUGCAUAUUGCUCCUUGACUGACGUGGCUCAGUUACUUGGUCCUUGUGGCACAGAGCAAAAGGUGGCUGAGUAGAUUUCUGGCCACAGCACACGCCUUGGUUGUGUGCCCAGCCCCUGGUUGGGGCAUAUGAUAGAUUUCUCUCUCUCUCUCUCCCUCCCUUCCCCUAUCUCUAAAAAUAAAUAAAUAAAUAAAAUCUUUUUAAAAAUUAUUGAUUUCAUCAAUAAUAACAAAUACUAUUGACCACUUCUUUGCAUUUUCUAAGUGCAUUUUUUCUAAGCUCAUGUAUAAACUAGUUCUAACAACUCUAUAAGAUGGACUGUUACCUCUAUUUUAUUUUAUUUUUUAAACUCUUAUUUUUAGAGAGAGUUUGCUAUUUCCAGAAUGUCAUGUAAUUACAUAGUAUAUAGCUUUUUUCCGAUUGACUUUUUUCAGUUAGCAAUAUGCAGUUGAAGUGCUUCUGCAUCUUUAUAGGGUUUGAUAGCUCAUUUCUUUGUAUCACUGAAUAAUAUCCUGUUAUAUUGGUAUACCACAACUGUUUACUCAUUCACCUUUUGAAAGAGCUCUUACUUGCUUCUAGUUUUCAGUGAUUAUAAAUAAAGUUGUUAUAAGCAUU